AUGGCUUCAUUGGUGGCUGCGAAGAACCAGCUGCGUUCUGCUAUGAAGGACAGACUUACUGGCAUCGCACACGAUUCAAUCAAGGCCCAGAGCCAAGCCGUCUUUGAGACACUCAAGACGUUUAGACCAUACGUGGAGGCGCAGAAGGUUAGCAUCUUUCUUUCGAUGCCCUCAGGCGAAAUCCAGACAGACGACAUCGUGCGUCAUGCCCUAUUAGCUGGGAAACACGUCUACAUCCCGUACCUGCACAAGUCGCCCUUUGCGCCAGGAGAAACACCUCCCAGAGUCAUGGACAUGGUGCGCCUGCGCGACCUACACGACUACGAAUCCCUGCAGCUGGACAAAUGGGGCAUUCCCAGCAUCGACCCCAGGACGGUAAACCAGAGAGACCGAGUUCUCGGCGAACCUGGCGCAGAGUCCUCCGAGCUGUCUUUCCUAGACCUGAUGCUACUUCCUGGAGUCGCAUUUGACAUAGACAGCAACUCAGGCUCACUGCGACGGCUGGGUCAUGGGAAGGGGUUUUAUGAUCUUUUUAUCAGAAGGUACGCAUCAAAGUACAGCGAGUUGUCCCUGAGGCAUCCUGUAUUGCUCUACGGCCUGGCUCUAUCGGAGCAGUUCCUCUCCCAGCCCUCAGAUGGCCCGGUUCCUGUGGCGCAGCACGACCAACAACUUCAUGGCCUGAUCCUGGGAAACGGAGAGCUUUGCCUUUAUGGUGACAACCCCGUGGUAUCAACUUUUGUGUAUCGCCCCAAAGCAUGCUUCGCCGUCGGCGGCGUCGUCCUUUUCUCAACUCGAUUCCUCUCUAGUUCGAUAAACUCUGGAUCAACGAGACGUUGUCACCCUUCAGCAGUAUUUGCCCUGCAUCGGUGUCCGCUUCUCCUCCAGGUUGGUCUUGGUAAUCUGCUUCACUUCAACCGCAUCGUCGAUGACGAGAUUCAUGAACUCAUCGAAACCCUUCCAAAUCCAAGCAUACUGGAGAAGCUUGAAGAUAAAGUUGAUGGGUGGGAGCAGCACCCUGCGACCGCCGCCGCCUCCACGUCCGGUCAUUUUCGCGCAAAACGACUUGACUGCUUUUCUCUGCCGCCCGAGACUUUGACAUUCCUUCCACCUGCGGCUGCCCUAGCGCGACGCCAUAUUGCACUGCACCUGCCGCCUUGCCCCGAAAUCGCCCCCGUUACCUAUCCUACACUCCGAACGAUUAACGUUUGCGACACCCUCUUCUGGUCUUCCAGCAUGGCAGCGAAUGGAGCCUCGGAGGCCUUCGCACCCAGCGAUGUGCUGUCGGCUAUGGUGACCAUGCGAGGAGGAGAGCAGGAAAGCAAGAAGAAGGCGCACGCAUACUUGGAGCGGUUCCAGAAAUCUAAAGAUGCUUGGGGUACCAUUAUCGGCAUUCUUCAAUCGGACGGAGAGCCCGAGGCCAAGCUCUUUGCGGCUAUCACUUUGCGCGGAAAGAUCACCUACGACCUGGCAACGCAAGUAUCGGAAACUGAAUUGCCUGCGCUACGGGAUCAGAUCCUCCUCCUCCUCAAACAUUUCGCCGCCGGUCCCAAGCCGAUACGAGUUCAGCUCUGCGUCUGUUUGGCGACACUGGCGGUGCAGAUGAAGGACUGGAAAGAUGUGCUUCCUACAGUUGUAUCAUCUCUCGGCGACAGCGUUGAGAGUCACGCUGCCAUUCUCGAUUUUUUGCGCGUGCUCCCCGAGGAGGUGACCGAAGGCCGCAAAAUCACCUUAACUGAAGAAGAGCUUUCCCAACGGACUAGGGAAUUGCUGGGUGACAACACGGACCAGGUUGUGCAGUUGCUCAUCAACUAUGCUCAAUCGUCAGCGAGUGCGGCCCAGAAUCCUCAACUGAUGGAGUGUAUCACUUCGUGGCUGCGCGAGGUUCCCGUCAGCACUGUUGUGAAUUCUCCUCUACUCGACGUCAUUUUCAACGCCGUCGGCAAUGAUCAAGCAUCACAGGAAGCAGCAGAGUGCCUUUGCACGAUUUUUAGAGAGACCAGGGAUGUGGACGACAACUUGGAAGUCAUUCAGGUCCUCCUUCCACGAGUCAUUUCCCUGCGUCCGAGAAUCGCGGCAGCUGUUGAGGAUGAGGAUACCGAAGUUUACAAGUCACUCACCAAGAUUUUUGCCUUGGCCGCUGAGGCUUGGGUUGUAGCCAUUGCUCGCGAGCCUGGUCACUUCGGAUCGCUUGUCGAUGCAGUCCUUGAGUGCGCCGCCCGAGACAAGGACCGGGAUGUCAUUGAGCAUACGUUCCAGUUCUGGUACGAGUUGAAGCAGUACAUUGUUCUGGAACGAUACAUCGAGGCAAGACUGCAGCUUGUGGACACCUACUCGAAACUCGUGGACAUCCUGCUUAAGCACCUGGAAUACCCGCAAUCGGAAUCGGCGAGCGAGACGGAUCUUUUCGACGGCGACCGUGAGGCAGAGGAGAAGUUCCGCGAAUUCCGACACCAGAUGGGCGACACCCUGAAGGACUCUUGCGAGGUGAUGGGCGUGACUGACUGCCUCACAAAGGUGCUUGCAGCUAUCAAAAUUUGGAUGCACAAAUACGCCGGCCAAGCUUCGGCGUCAUCGGUCCCGCACUGGCAAGAAUUGGAGGCACCCCUUUUCGCCAUGCGCGCCAUGGGGCAAAUGGUCGACAAGGAGGAGAACGUUGUACUGCCGCAACUGAUGCCCCUCCUUGUUCAGAUCCCCGGGCACGAGAAGCUUCGUUUCGCCACCAUCAUGGUUCUCGGUCGGUACACAGAGUGGACUUCUGCCCAUCCCGAGUACCUCGAACCUCAGUUCAACUACAUCGUAACCUCCUUCCAGACGGACUCAAAGGAAGUCGUCAGGGCUGCCGCCAUGGCGAUCAAGUAUUUCUGCACCGACUGCAAACAGCUCUUGAGCGGACAGGUACUCCAGAUGCAAACAUUCUACGACCAGAUUCUUGACAAGCUGCCUGAUAUGAGUCAGGAGGAGAUCACAGAAGGGGUUGCUAGCGUCGUUGCUGUGCAGCCGCCUGCCGAGAUUUACAAGCUUCUCAAGCUCUACUGCGACCCGUUGGUCCAGCGGUUGAUGAACAAAGCCAACGUUGCAACCGACGACAAGGGCAAGCUGGCCCUAGCAGACCAUCUCCAGCUUAUCACCAUCUUCAUCCAAAUCGUCGUACCGUACGUUGGACCCGGCGAGGAGAACCCCGCCGUCAAAUACUGGCAAGAGGUUUUCCCGGUACUGGCUACGAUUCUGGACAAUUUCAUGGGUUUCGUUCCCAUCUGCGAGAGGAUUUGCCGCUGCUGGCGCAACAUGAUUAUCUCGUACCGCACGGCAAUGACACCCUUGUUGCCGGAGAUGGCCAACAAGCUGGCAGGCGGCUUUGCUGCCUCGAGACAAGGCGCGUUUCUCUGGGUCACGGCGGCGAUACUGAGAGAGUUUUCCGAGGAUCGGGAGCACGUAAACCACGAGAUCACCCAGAGCAUCUACGCCUUCUUCGAAGCCCAGACCACCACUUUCUUACGGGUGAUGAGCGACCUCCAACCCAGCGAACUGCCUGAUGUCAUUGAAGACUUCUUCCGACUUCUCAUUGACGCGCUCCUGUACUACCCGGCUAAGUUGAUUCCGUCGGAGCUUCUAGGUCCCAUUUUCGAAGCUGCCGUGUACGCCCUGACGUUGGAGCAGCGCGACCCUCUGUCUGCCACGCUGCACUUUCUCCGCGAUCUCCUCACGUACGGAGGCGACAAUCCCGCGACGUCGGAUGUACUGCCCCCAGAUGUUGCUGCUCACAUCCGCGAGGUGGUGAGCAAGUUACUUGCCAAUCACGGCGAGAAGUUGGUCAAGCAAGUCAUGGCUGGCAUGAUGAUCACUUUCCCGCGGGAUUGCUUUGCCGAUGGUAGCGGGGUCUUGCUGGCAAUGUUCGAGCUCUUCCCGGCCCAAACGACCAACUGGGUGGAGCGUACCAUCCAGCUUCUGCCCCAAGGUACCAUCACGCCAGUCGAGGCGAAUCGAUUGAUGACCAAGAUCAAGGAGCGUCUCGGCGGCAACGAUUCCACCGCUAUCAGACAGGUGAGGGCACUCCUCCAAGAUUUCACCAACACAUAUCGCCGGCGGUACGUGGCCCCACGAGAGGGUCUCGGCCAGCUGGAAGCAGCCCGCUUCCACUUUACAGGUUAG